GGGAAGAAACCUUCUCCGGCCAGGUGUCUAGCGAGUGGUUCAAGUUCUUGGACCGGUGAGACCAACUGUGAACCCCAUUACCCUAUCAGUCGUGUCGGAGCUAACGAGCGGAGAGGACGGUUCAAGUUGGUGUUAGCCCACGAUGAACAAGGAUCCGGAAGAGGGUGGAAUCGCGAAUCCGGCGUUCUACCAGGAACUAGCGGAGGACCGUGAUGUGGGGACACCCAAUCCCCGGCCACAGCUCACCGUAACUCGGCCGAUCUUCCAGCAAGAUCAGCUGAACGAUGCGUACCGCUACCGGAAACCGAAACGGCAACUAUACCACGAACUGGUGGCCAACGUGCGACAGGUGGACACUAAAACCUGCUGCAGUACCGUGUUCCCGUUCCUGACCUGGCUGCCGGAGUACUCGUGGAGUCGCGAUCUGCUGCGCGAUCUAGUCUGCGGCUGUACGGUGGCCGUGAUGCAUAUUCCCCAGGGCAUCGGUUACGCACUGCUGGCCAACGUACCGCCGGUGGUCGGUAUCUACAUGGCAUUCUUUCCGGUACUGGUGUACUUUCUCUUCGGCACCUCGCGCCACAUUUCCAUGGGAACGUUCGCCGUGGUGUCGAUCAUGGUUGGUAAAACGGUCCUGGCAUACUCGGGCACGAGUGAGGGCGAGGAUGAACCGGAACAUACGGCGCUGGAGGUCGCUACCGCCCUCGGGUUCGUCGUCGGUGUGAUGCAGCUUAUCAUGUGCUUGCUCCGGUUGGGUGUGAUAUCGUUCCUGCUGUCCGAGACGCUCGUGUCAGGAUUUACGACCGGAGCGGCUAUUCAUGUGGUGACCUCACAGAUCAAGGACUUGCUCGGACUGACGCUACCCUCGGUGGGCAGUAUGUUUGAGAUCGUCAAGACAUACAUCGAGAUCUUCAAGCAGAUCACCAACGUGAACUGGGCAGCGAUCGUCAUUUCGGCCAUCACGAUCGUUGUGCUUGUGUUUAACGAGUACUUGAAGCCGAAGGUGGCCAAGUGGAGCGUCAUACCGAUUCCGAUCGAGCUGAUCGCGGUCAUUGCCGGAACGCUGCUGUCCAGGUAUCUGGAGUUGCGCGAGCGGUACACUCUCAAAACAAUCGAAAACAUCCCCACCGGGCUGCCGGCUCCGUCUCUGCCGGACUUUAGUCUCAUGACUACGGUCAUCGUCGACAGUAUUCCGGUAGCGAUGGUCGGUUACACCGUUUCCGUCUCGAUGGCACUGAUCUUUGCCAAGCGGGAAAACUACGAGAUCGGCUUCAACCAGGAACUGUUUGCGAUGGGAGCGGGCAACGUGGUUGGUUCGUUUUUCUCCUGCUUCCCGUUUGCGGCUUCCCUAUCGCGGUCAUCCAUUCAGUACACGGUCGGCGGACGGACUCAGAUCGCGUCGGUCAUCUCGUGCGGCCUGCUGGCGAUCGUCCUGCUAUGGGUUGGUCCCUUCUUUGAGCCGCUGCCUCGCUGCGUACUUGCGGGCAUCAUUGUAGUGUCGCUCAAGGGCCUACUGAUGCAGGUGACGCAACUGAAGGGCUUCUGGCGCCAGAGCCCGAUCGACGGGAUGGUGUGGAUCCUCACCUUUCUCUCCGUGGUGGCGUUCGCCAUCGACAUUGGAUUGCUCGUGGGAAUCGUACUGAGCAUUUGCUGCAUCUUCUUCCGUGCCCUCAAACCGUACACGUGUCUGCUGGGGAACGUUCCCAACACCGACAUCUACCUUGAUUUGAAUCGGUACGAAGGGCUCGUUGAGUACCCCGGGAUGAAGAUAUUCCACUACUGCGGUGCGUUGAACUUCGCUUCGAGGGCUGCCUUCAAGAAUACGGUUUGCGAAACGCUCGGCAUUAACCUGACGGAGGAGAUCAAACGACGGAAGGAUCCGGAUUGGAAGCCAAGUCUUGCUGAGCAGAGCGUAAAGUUCCUGGUUCUCGAUUUCACCUCGCUCAGUUCGAUCGACCCAUCGGCCAUCGGGACGUUUAAGGCGAUGGUACGUGAGUUUGAGGUGCUUCAGCUGCAGAUCGUGUUGGCUGGGUGUCAACCUCCGGUUUACGAGACGAUGCUCAGAUGCGGUCUCAUCGGGGACAUCGAAAAACCCUUCUGCCGAUUGUUCACCACGGUGCACGAUGCGGUGCACCAUGUACGGAGCGAAAUGGAGGCAAAUGCCUCGCUGAGUGGUAGCGUAGUUUCGAAUGCUACUGGCAUCGUGUAGUGGCCAGCGCGGCCGUUGACCGGUUUCAUGUGCCAUUAGGGUCCUGCUAGGAAGUGUACUUAAAAAUGUUCAUCGCUGGCAUCGAUGGGCGUUUGUUAUUUUCGUGGGUUACACAUUAUGCUUCUGCUAUUCUGAAGCGAACCGAGGACAGUCCACCCAUCAAGCAGGACGUUUAGGAUGUAGGAACUGCGUUUAUGCAUUGUUUGCCUGAGCUCUUCUUGAAGUAUUGAACUCUACAAGACUUGUUAUAUUUGUUACA